AUGGUUCAGAUGUACACUAUCGCCGGCCGCCAGAUCGGCUCCCACUACCUGGCCAUGGGCGUCCUCGCGACCCUCUUCGGCGGCGCUUUCUACGGCACCAGCGGCAGCAAGCCCAAGGCCACUGCCACUCCCCCCAUCAACGCAUCCAGCUCCGACGAGGCCGACUUCAUCAAGUGCGUCAUUUCCCCUGGACGAACACCAAUCCCCCAUUUGCUGACGAGGAGACAAAACAGGAAGUUCUUGGACAGCGCGGACAAGGACGAGAAGGCGAAACACUAG